GUUUCAAUAACUUCCAGUGUCAACGUCAACAAUACGACAACAUGGGUGAUCCGGUUGUUGCUGGUGUAGAAAAUAUUAAAAUUAACGAUAAGUCCAAAGCGAAGGCCAUGAAAGAAAAGAAAAAGAAAGAAGAGGCAGGCACUGGUGUAUCUGAACUGAAUCCGUGGCCAGAAUAUAUACAGAAGCGUCUGGAUCUCUGGGACAAAUACAAAGCUCAAUAUGAUGAGGAACUUGCUUCAAAACCUGAUGUUAGUGUAGUUGUCACUUUGCCAGAUGGGAAGACUGUGGAAGCAAAAGCAUGGAAAACUACCCCAUAUGAUGUGGCUAAGGGAAUUAGCACCGGCCUAGCGGACUCCACGAUCAUAGCGAGAGUAAACGGCGUCCUCUGGGACCUGGACAGGCCGCUAGAGGGCGACUGUAAGCUAGAACUGCUGCGGUGGGACAAUACAGACGCGCAGGCUGUGUUCUGGCACUCUUCCGCUCACAUGCUAGGCGAGGCUAUGGAGAGGAUAUACGGUGGAUGUCUCUGUUAUGGACCGCCAAUUGAAGAAGGCUUCUACUACGACAUGUAUUAUCCUGAGAAAGGGAUCUCGUCCACCGACUACCAAGGUGUAGAGACACUAGUCAAAAAGAUAGCGAAGGAAAAGCAGCCGUUUGAACGUCUGGAACUCACCAAGGAACAGUUAUUGGAGAUGUUCGACUACAAUCCCUUCAAAGUGAGGAUCCUGAAGGAGAAGGUGGACACGCCGAAGACCACGGUCUACAGGUGUGGCCCGUUAAUCGACCUGUGUAGGGGACCACAUGUAAGACAUACGGGGAAAGUCAAAGCUUUCAAGGUCACUAAGAACUCUUCCACCUACUGGGAGGGUAAAGCAGAAGCGGAGUCGCUGCAGCGCAUGUACGGAGUAUCCUUCCCCGAUACAAAACAGCUGAAGGAGUGGGAGACCAUACAGGAGGAGGCUGCCAAGAGAGACCACAGGAAGAUUGGCAGAGAACAAGAGCUUUUCUUCUUUCACGAGCUGUCGCCAGGCUCCUGCUUCUUCCAACCGCGCGGGGCGCACAUUUACAACAUCCUUGUGGAAUUUAUACGUGAACAAUACAGGGUACGUGGCUUCCAAGAGGUGGUCACACCGAACAUGUACAACGCCAAGUUGUGGCAGACCUCCGGCCACUGGGCGCACUACGCGGAGAACAUGUUUUCGUUCGACGUGGAAAAGGAAACAUUCGCUCUGAAACCCAUGAACUGCCCGGGGCAUUGCUUGAUAUUCGACAACCGCGUGCGUUCGUGGCGCGAGCUGCCGCUGCGGCUGGCCGACUUCGGCGUGCUGCACCGCAACGAGCUGAGCGGCGCGCUGUCCGGCCUCACGCGCGUGCGCCGCUUCCAGCAGGACGACGCGCACAUCUUCUGCAGCCCCGCGCACAUCGAGCGGGAGAUGCUCGGCUGCCUGGACUUCUUGGAGCACGUGUACACUACAUUCGGUUUCAGCUUCCAACUGAAGCUGUCCACGCGGCCGGAGAAGUAUCUGGGAGAUCUUGAAACCUGGAAUCAGGCUGAAAAGGCUCUCGAAGAGUCGCUUAACCGUUUCGGAAAGCCGUGGCAGCUGAACCCGGGCGAUGGUGCCUUCUACGGGCCCAAGAUUGACAUCACCAUACAGGACGCGCUGCGCCGCUCGCACCAGUGCGCCACCAUACAGCUCGACUUCCAGCUGCCGGAGCGGUUCAAUCUCUCCUACGUCAGCGAAACGGGCGAAAAGAAGCGUCCGGUGAUCAUCCACCGCGCGGUGCUCGGCUCGGUGGAGCGGAUGAUCGCGAUCCUCAGCGAGUCGUACGCGGGCAAGUGGCCGUUCUGGCUCAGCCCGCGGCAAGUGUGCGUCGUGCCCGUCGGGCCCGCCUUCGACGACUACGCGCUGCAGGUGAAUGAACGCCUCCGCGCGGCCAAGUUCAUGUCGGAAGCGGACACGGACGCGGGCGACACGCUCAACAAGAAAGUGCGGAAUGCGCAGUUGGCGCAGUUCAAUUAUAUACUCGUGGUCGGUGAGCGCGAAAAAACCUCAGGUACCGUCAACGUUCGUACGCGCGACAACAAAGUCCACGGAGAGAUGUCGAUAGACGGACUGAUAGAACACCUCGAUAAACUCGUGCAAGAGAAAACGCUUUCCGAUGAUACGGAUACACUUAAAUAGAUACUGAAUUGAUUGGAAAUAUACGCAUGUCUUGAUAGUACGAUGAUACAAAGAAAUUGGGAUGUGUAACUGGAAUAUAUUGGAAAGUGAACUUUAAUGCACU